GAGAAUGGGCGGCGGACGCUGAAGCCGGCGACGCUGCGGGAUAGUUGCGCCUGUGCGCGGUGCAGGGACGUGUCGUCUGGUCAAAAGACGUUUUCGUCGGUCGAGAUUCCGGUGGAUGUUGGGCUGGAGCACGUGAAGCCGACGAAGAAGGGCCUGGAGAUACAGUUUCUCAACGACAUCCCGCGGUUUGUGCAAGAUGGAAAGGAGCACGUUAUGCUGCUGCCGUGGGAAUCGGUCGACCUGUCGCUCAAGCGCAAGGGCAUGGAGGAUGUGCGGCUGCCUCGCAAGCGAUCGGUCCUGCGCCGCACGGGGGUCGUGUACUGGGAUCGCGAGACCAUCGCCCAGCAGGUGCGCAGGAUCGACUACGCCGAGUUCAUGAGGGACGACAGCGAGGCCUUUUGGGACGUCAUCAUCGACAUCUGCCGCUUCGGCCUGGUGUACCUCAAGAACGUGCCGCGGGACGAGGAGUCGGUUGUGCGCAUCACGACGCGCAUCGCCAACAUCCGCGAGACCUUUUACGGGCGCACCUUUGACGUCCGCGCAAAGCCCAACGCCGAGAACGUCGCGUACACGAGCGGCUACCUGGGCCUGCACCAGGACCUGCUGUACCUGGACCCGCCGCCGAUGAUCCAGGUGCUGCACUGCAUGGACAAUUCGUGCGCGGGCGGCGAGUCGCUCUUCAGCGACGGCGAGCGCGUCGGGCGCCUGCUGUGGCCGUUUGUGACGAGGCACCGCCUGGCGCCGCUGGCCGAGCACCAUGUGCCCUACCAGUACGGCAAGCACGGCCACCACUACUUCAGCUCCCGCUACGUGCUGGACGGCAACGCCGCGGGCUUCUCCAGCGUGUACUGGUCGCCGCCGUUCCAGGGGCGGUAUCUCAGCCCCGUCAAGGACAUCCGGCAGUGGAUCGAGCCGGCGCGCAUCUUCGCCUCGCUGAUUAAUGACAAGGACGCCAUCCACGAGCACAAGAUGGAGCAGGACGACUGCGUGCUGUUUGACAAUCUGCGGGUGCUGCAUGGGCGGAAUGCGUUUGACGUCGAGGGCGGGCAGGGCGCGCGGUGGCUGAGGGGGGCGUAUAUUGCUGCCGAGGACUUUUUGUCGAGGGCGGCGCAUAUCCCGCGGGGCAUGGCGGAGAAGUAUCGUGGCGAGGAGGCGUGGACGCCGGGGCUGGCGCAGAGUGGGUUGAAGAAGAGUGUGUGGUAUGGGGAUGUUGUGAGGAGGGUCAAGGAGCUGGAUCCUGGUGUGGAG